CAAGAGAUGGUGCUAUUAAUUGACAAUUUAAUUGAAAGUCGAUUAAUCUAUGACCAAUUGUAUUCAUUAACAUUUUCAUCUUCCUCUAGAUUGACAUCCUUAAUAUCCUUUAUCGUCGUGUUUUCAUCUUUGGACGAAUCCUCCGCAAAGUAUAAUAUGGAGGGUCAAUACCCAAAUUGGUCUUCUCCUGGUUAUGGUGAACCAGCUUAUGGUGAACAGAGUCCAGAUUUUGUCACCAUUCAAAAUCCCAUGGAUAACCUGAACACAAUGUCACCUCAUGGUUAUUAUUCUUACUAUCAAUCCACUUUACCGACAGCCAAUUCAAUUUUCAACUCACAAACAACAUCAAAUGAUUUGAGUGCAGACCCUUUUUACUCAUCAACUACUCCAGGUGAUCCAUACUCUGAUGAAUCUCCAUUGUUGGAAGAGUUAGGAAUCAAUUUUGACCAAAUAAUGCAGAAAAGUUUGGCCAACGUUAUUCCAUACAAAAAGGUUGAACAAAAUUCCCUCCAUGAAACUGAUAUUUCCAACGAACACGAUCACCAGCACCAUGGAGAGCAACGAUCCCAGCAAUCUCAAGUUCAAUUACAACCACAACAAGCCGCAAUGAAAAACUUUGCCCGUAGCUUAAAGACGCCGCCACCAUUAAAGUAUUUUGGUGAUUUAUUAUCUGAAAAGGAAGAUGCAAUAACAAGGUCAUCUAAUGUACCCAACAUUUCAAAUGAAACCAAUUUAGAUUCAAAUAAUUUGUCAUCGUCUGAUAGUUAUGUUGAUGAUAGAUCUUUGGGGUUUAUGUAUCAAGAGUUUGGACAAUGCGGCCAGUCUUCAAGUAACAACUGUGACAGUUUAAUUGUAUCUAAUAAUAAUGCUAACAAUAAUAAUAACAAUAACACCAGCAAUAAUAACACUAAUAAUAAUGAUAAUAACAACACUUUGGUUGGAGCUGAUGAUGGUUCUCUUAAUCGUAGCAAUUCCUCAGAUACUCAAGAAGACAAUCAGCUGCUUAAUUCGUGGGAAAAAUCAAUUCCUGAUGAAUUGAAUUAUCCUUUUGAUUCAAGGAUCUGGCCUCGAUUUAUCAAUUCAAACGUUAAUCAUUUGCCAAAUGUCAAUGUAUCAUCUCAUGCUACCUCUAAGCCACCUUCAGUUGGACACAAAUAUGUAACAGCUCGUCCAUCUUUAAACUAUGGGCAUCGUCCAAUACUACCAAGCUUACAACCUGCUCAAACGACAACCCUUGCUUACCCUUAUCAACGACCUAUUCCUAUUCAACCAAACCUUGGUUAUACGCAUAAAGUCGCACCUCGAUUCAUCUCACCCUACAUGACAACCAAUGUUGCCGGUAGAGAUAUUAUCCUCUGGUCUUCCCGAUCACCAACCAACAGAAUGUUCUCUCCCCAAGCAACUUCUGGUACUCAUCCGGCUCACAUGGCUUCCCUGAGCUCCUUAUCAGAACCUGGAUCAGUUCAUAAUAGGCUACCCAUGAUUAUCUCGACGAGCCGAGUGGCUUUCACUGGUUCUGUAGAUGACUCUUCAUCUCCGUCUUCAUCUUGUUCAACAUCCUCCACACCAUCUCCCGGAUUAAUGGAUAAAAAGCUUUAUGUAAAUAAUCCGGUUUUGGUAAACAUGUUAACUUGCCCACAAAUCCCUGGUCUUCGCAAUUUAGCUCCAGCUCCAGAUUCAUCGUCAUCUCAUCUUGAUGAGAAAUCUAAAAGUGACAUUCUUUCUGGUUUAAUAGAUGUUUCUGGUGAGAAAAGGAAACGAUCCAACAGAGCUGUUGCAACCACUAGCAGGGAACCAAUUAAAAGAGAAAUGCGGCCUAAAAUAUUUGUUAUUGAACAAUUUAAAAUUGGCUUAUUCCAUGUUCAAUCUUCAAACGAAGGAUCUCGCCGUAAUUCCUCGACGCAAUUAAAAGUAAUCUUCUCAAGACGAAGGUUUAUCUACGAAUUUGCUUUCUCAACUUCUAAUGCCUGUGAUAAAAAAGACAACAUUUUGCCGGUUCAAUCUCAUCAAUCUACACCAACAAUUCACAGAAGUAAUGGUGCAAUGGGCAAUGGUAACACAAUUGCUAGCAAUAACCCAACUCUAGUCCAGCAAACAAAUACCAAAGACCCUAACGUUGUAUAUUACGUGGUCGCUGUACCUUUUGACUCUGUUACGGGUCUCAACAUAGACGAGUCUACAAUGUAUUUAACUGUUGACCGAGUGCCUUGCCUUUUUGGCGGUACCUCAGUUAGAAGUAAAGUUCUGUUUGAAAAGGCACCAAAAUUUGACCCUUCUCAAGGUGAGCUUGAAAAUAAUGCCCUUCAUUGUAUAAGUUUAAGGCCAGCUCAAGUUGGUCGAUUGCGCACAUCGUUGGUUGAUUUUGAUAAAAGAUUUGCUGACUUGCUGUCCUCCAAAAUUGAUCGUGAUCCCUACUCGUACCGAUGUAAACUUCCCGAGGGAAGCAAAGACAAAGACGAGGACAAGAAUAAAGCACUCAAUGAUUGUACAAUACAACCUGAUUCCGGACAGGUUUUGAAAAAAUCCAAAAUUGAAAAAUUUGAUUAACUAUUAUUUAAUAAUUUAACUUGGUUUACAUUCAUGAGAUGGCGCCUGUUUAUCAAUAUACCGUGAAAAUCACAUUUGAUAAAUAAAACUCAAACUGAGUGCUAAUUUUUCCCAAUGUAAAUUAAUGUCUAUUAGCACCAUUAAAAUGGCUUUUCUCAAUCAAUUAGUGAAAAUAAUAAAAUUAAUCAAACAACA